AUGGCUAUUCGACGGCGUUCAUUGAAGUAUUUGACACUGAAAGAGGAUUUUGAGAAUAUUAUGGCCUGGAGCGUGUUUAUUUACAUUCAGGUAAACGAGAGAAGAAGAUCCAUCGGAAGUAGGCUAAACCGGAGAUCAGAAAAUCUGAAAAUUCACGUUUUUCACUUCUGGAACAAAAAAAUGUUCGGAAUUCUCAUGUUUCAGUCAUAUCUUUAAUAAAUUGAAGGGAAACGAUUGUCAAGUCAAAAAGUCGUCUCGAUUUUAUGAUUCUGAGCUCAGCGCUGUGACUUUUCUGCUAAGUGCUAAGAAAGAAAGGAUGAAAGAAGAGUUGCAUUCAAACGAGAUACCUUUUGACUCGAGAUUCAUUUCUUGCUAAUGAGCUAUCGGAUCAGCUGACUCAUAUUUCAAGUUUCCGAGUGCUAAGCCCAUGUUUUCUGAUCUUCUUCGGUUCGGUAACUUUUUUUUCAAACCAUUUGUUGGAAUCGAAGAUGUUCUGUUUUUCGCUAAAAUGAUCCCUUCCGAGCUACUUUGUGCGGUUUCUACUUUCACAAUGACAACCUUUGUCAAAAGACACUAAAAUUCUCUUGGCAAUAAUUAGUUUGACCCGAAAUUGCUCUUGAACGUUUCCAAAUGCGACUGAGGGGUGCCGCCGCACAGAUGAGGUAUGAAUGGGUGAAUGUGUGACGCGAGUCCACUUCCUGUGCCACUAGAAACGAUUUCGAUUCGAAUUUGUGUUCUGUGCUGACCGCUCUGACACACGUACACCCACUAUUCCUUUUUUUCAAAGCGCCUUCCUCGUUUGGCCUCUCCGCUCACUCCAUAUCAUCCAUCCUCCAAUUAAAACUCAGAACCACGCGUGGGAUAAUAAGGCUGGUCCAAUUAGAGCGGGAAGAAGGGCUUCAUCGCACGUGGAUCUCACGUACACACAGUCCGUCCACCUCUACUUUUUUUCAUUUUCAGGCGGCGCUUGGCGGCUCGCUUUGGACGAGUAUAACGUCGCCAGCAGGGUCGGUCAGUGUUCCGACCAGUACCGUUGCCACAAUUACGUCGACGGCGAUUCUGCCCGUCAGAGUGGUUCCACACGCCGACGCCGCAUUUGUGGAUACUCUCGGACCCAAUUCGCCUCUUUCUGAGUACCUUCCAGUCAAACUAUGUCUUGGAUUACACGAUGUUUUCAUCGCUCUCUUCCUGGUAAUUUCCUCUUUUCAAUCAUAAUCUACACUGUUCUUUUCCAGGUGAUGUUGAUAUUGUUAACCAUAUUCGGAAAUAUUCUGGUGGUGCUGUCUGUGGUUGUGUAUAAACGGAUGAGAACGUUCACAAACAUCCUUCUCACGUCAUUGGCAACUGCGGAUUUGUUGGUCGGGCUGAUCGUGAUGCCGAUGUCACUGCUAGACCUUCUGCAUAAUCAUCGAUGGCCAUUAGGUUAGUUCGCAGUAAUCAUAGCCAGACGAGGAAGGAUGGGAUUAGACACAGGAAGCGAUGUGCACAUAUUCUUAGAAAACUACUUUAUUCGAUUUUCAAGUUUUCAGGUCGAUUUUUAUGUCGAAUGUGGGCCACAUCAGACGUCCUUCUGUGCACCGCGAGUAUUCUGAAUCUCUGCGUCAUCAGCUUAGAUCGAUACUUCGCCAUUACAUCACCUCUGAAAUACCCGAGAACAAGGUAAUCUCUUGCUUUUUUUCCUCCUUUGUCUUCUUUCUUUUUCGUAAGAGUGCAGCAGAGUGGGUGGAAAGAAGAAAAUCAGAAAAAAAAACAGAUGAGGCGGACGGACGCAGCCCAAUAUCACGCUUCAAUGGUCCUGCCAAUCUAAAAUUAACUCGAUAAACGGACUCUUUUCUCUCUCGGCAACAAUAAGAAAGGCACGAGAUUGCGGCGCGGAUCUCUGUUGUAUUUUUGAGAGAAAAUGACGAAAGUAUGUACAUAUUUCUCUUCUUUCAGAUCACGGAAGAUGGCGGCCGGGCUACUCACUGCUGUUUGGGCCAUAUCCUUUGUGGUGUGCAGUCCGCCGUGGGUGAUUCCGAGUUGGAAUCUAUUCACGGACAACAACAACAACACGGUACACAAUCACUAUCGACUUUUCGCAUUGUUUCUGUUUCAGGGAAAAUCGGGCGAGGACUUCAAAUGCGCCUAUUCUCCUUCAGUGGCGUAUCGAAUCUACAGCGCGCUCGGCAGCUUUUACCUACCUCUCCUUGUGAUGCUCUUCGUCUAUUUCAAAAUCUUCCGGGUGGCGUCUGAACGCGAGGCUCUCAUGAGGCAGUCCGUCGGAACUUGCCGGCUCAGCAACCGACUUUCCAAGGCACAGCAAAAAAAUCACCGAAACAACUUGAGGUUUGCCCAAACACCGAUUAGUAAUGCAUGACUCCUUCUGCUCUGUUUUUGCCACCCCUCUCAAAAACUUGUGUUUUUCCUUUGCAGAACUGCAAGUGCACCUCACUCACGCACAAGAGUUCAAGUCAACCACAAUUGCGGUCGUGUCAACUACUCGGUGCGGCCGAUGGAAUAUGCAAAGUGAGAAAUAAUAACAUGAGGUGAACGCCCACGAUUCCUCUUUCAGUCGCGUGGAGAACUCGUUGAAGCCGAGUCAGGAAAGAUUCGAUUCGACGGAUUGCGAAGAUUCUCCGCCGAAUGGGGACAGUCUGGAAGCAGGAACUACGUGCAAUGUAAUCGCUUUUUCUUUUCAUUCCACUCAUAAUUGAGUCCUCACGUGACGACUCGAAGACGCGCGUGCAUAUAUCCUAUUUCAUCCUUAACGAGGAAGAACUUUUUCAGAUUUCCAUGUCCUUGGUGACGAAUUCGCCUCCGAACGGACUUCAAAAGGAGCCAAAGAACUCGAUGGAGCGGGAGUGUCAUUCUCUGGCGGACAUCGUCAACAGCACAGACACUCCGGUGCGUAAAAAUACUGAAGUUGGCAUCGCUCCGUCUCUGAGCAAAAGAGCCAGACAAUGCAACGCCAGACUUCAACCUAAUAACCUACUUCAGAAGGUUUGGCGCAACGGGACGGAGCAUAAUCGAGUUUUUGUUUUUCAGGCUCAUGAGCAUUAUCAAAUUAACGGUCCGGGGAAAGCUGUUCGCGGAUCGAAAGAAAAGAUGGUGUACCUCAGGGAGCGAAAGGCACUCAAGACUAUCGGAAUUGUAGUGCUGGGUGAGAAAAAACGCAACGUUUGAGGAACAAAAAAUUCCACGUUCAGGAUUCAUAAUCUGCUGGAUGCCGUUCUUCAUCAUGUACCUGGUGGAGGUGUUCAUCUCGGAUCCCGUCGCCGAGUCCGCCGUCUACAGAGUCAUUUCCGAGUUCUUCCUCUGGUUGGGAUACUCAAACUCGGUACGACCUUCGUUUUGCAAACAGAUUGAGCAACAUAAUUUCAGGUGUUGAACCCGAUCAUCUACACCAUGUACAACGGGGAUUUCCGCCGCUGCUUCCGUGAUCUUCUCUCCUUCGGAUGCGUUCAACAUCAUCGACGCACCAUGAGCGUAAAGAAGCUUCACCAACAAUCAACGAUUUUUUAA